UUUCAAAAAGCACCAACCAAUUUUUUUUUGGGAUUGGGUACCCACCCACGUAUCUAUAGAUUUUAUUGUAGUUUUCUUAUUUUUAUAAAAGUUUAAGAAGUAUUUUUAUUAAAUAAUAUUACCGUAUUGAGUUCUAAGCAUAAAAAAUAUAGCUAUCUUCGAUCCAAUUAGCCGGGUCUAUUUUAAUAACCUACAUUAGUCAUCAAGCAGAGUUUUAACACUCAUCAAUGACGCUCGAAUUUUGGAAUUAAUAACUGCAUACAUUAAAGUAACUUAAAUAUCAAAAUUAAAUUCUUUCAAGAAAUGAAAACUCUGUUUGGAAAUUAAAGGUGUCAUUUACGGGUGACGAGGUAUCGGAGGAGCAGGCGCGUGCAAAUCGGCGAAGGAUCUUUGCUGCACCCACUACUUAUUACAUAAGUUAGCUGUUAGUGACUAAUCCAAAGAUGGCGUCCAUUUAUGAAUGGUACACAGAUCUCAUGGAAAAUAAAAGUGAUCCCAGAGUGAAAGGGUGGGCCAUGAUGUCGUCUCCGUUUCCAACAUUAGCAAUAUGUAUAUUUUACGCAUACUUUUCCAGAGUGCUUGGGCCACAAAUCAUGGCAAACCGAAAACCGUUCCAAAUGAGAGGUGUGCUCGUAGUCUACAAUUUAGCACAAACUCUCUUCAGUAGCUGGUUAUUCUAUGAGUACCUCAUGAGCGGAUGGUGGGGCCACUACAACUUCACGUGCCAGCCAGUCGAUUAUUCUAGAAGCCCACUUGCAAUGAGGAUGGUGAACGUUUGUUGGUGGUACUACUUCAGCAAGUUCACAGAGUUCCUGGACACGGUGUUCUUUAUCAUGCGUAAGAAGAAUGACCAGGUGUCCACCUUGCACGUCAUCCACCACGGGAUCAUGCCCAUGUCCGUUUGGGUCGGCGCCAAAUUCGCUCCUGGUGGUCACAGCACUUUCUUCGCUCUCCUGAACAGUUUCGUGCACAUCGUCAUGUAUUUCUACUACAUGGUGUCGGCCAUGGGACCCAAAUACCAGAAGUACAUCUGGUGGAAGAAGUACCUCACCGCCUUCCAGAUUGUGCAAUUCAUAGCUAUCUUCACUCAUCAACUGCAAGUUGUGUUCCGGCCAUCGUGCCCUUACCCUCGUGUCUUCGUCUACUACAUCGCGUUCCACGGAUUCCUGUUUCUAUUCCUCUUCAGCCACUUCUAUAAUCAGCGCUAUGUCAAGCCCACCAAGAAGGGCAGCUCUAUGUCUAUAUCCAACGGACUUUGUAUGCCCGUGGCCGACGAGAGCAGCCCCGCCGCGAGCUACAAGCCCGAGCCGGCGCUGCCCAGCUCGUACGCGGCGUCGGCGGCCGACGCGUUCGUGCGCCGGCGGCCGCUCUCGUAGGGCCGCCCGCCGCCGCGAGGUUGUGACGAGUGCCUCAUCAUGGUGUAGGUUCCUUCUCGAUUCCAUACCCCGGCCCGGUUUCGAAACCGAAAUCCAACGUUCGAAAUUGGAAUCGCGAGUUCACACGACAUUUUUUUAAACAAAUACAUUUUAUAAGACAUAAUGCACAAACUCACUCGAUCGUGAUCUUGCUAAGAUCGUAUAAUGCCUUGUAAUUUUGUAGAUACACAAUUUUUAGAUACUAAAAGUAUAUGAAUUGUUAUAAAUGUCUCGUCGUGUUGAUUUUUCUUUUCAAUAUGUCGAUGUUUUCCGGCUUGUGAGCUUUAUUCAGUUGAUUCGGCGACACAAUGUACUCGAACCGAUUAAUUAAUAUUAUGUAAAUUCAUGAAGACAUCAAUUUAUAUAAUAUUCAUGGCACUGAAGAAAAAAUACCAAGUCGCAAGCAUCCAAAAUGUAAAACUGUAAAACAUGUCUAUUUGUUCGUGGUAAUAAACCAAAAUGUUUAGUCACAAUUACCUGCUGAUAUUUGGCAGGUAAGGUGAGCAUUUUAUAUUCGUAUGUAAUGUAACAAUUAUAUGAAGUUAUAGUUGUUAAAAAUCAUGUAAGUAGAUAUAGUAAAGGAUUAUUGGAUUUAUGUAAUGUAAAUAUAGUUUUGUUAAAAAUAAUAACUUUGUUACCAAAACUAAGUGAGCAACUAUUCGCUGCAUUUUAUCUAUUGUUUACAAUCUUACGAGCUCAAGUAUUUUUAUAUAUCUAUCUAUAUUCAUUCGAUAUUGAUAAAUUAAUAAGGAAUUUACUUUUAUUGUUGCACCGUUCGAAUCUAUAUGUCUCGAAUAUAUUAACAAUGUGGAGAAUAGUGUUCAUUUUAGACUUAACUAGCAAGUUUAUACCAAUUUUUGUAAGAAGUUUUAUGGUCAGUUCAUAUGUACGCAUUUGCAAAGUUAUUUAAACUUUACAAAGCAUCAACUUUUCAUUAGCAUUGUUUUGAAAACUUAAUCGACAAUAAUCUCUUUAUUUCGUCGCGUCUAUUCUAUAUUUCUAAGUUAUCUAUAUAAUAAGAUUCCAAAUCAUUAUCGGAAUGAUUGGCUGAUUAAAUGUUUUAUACCAAUGAUUAGUCAUAAAAUUAUGGGAAGACGCCCGACAGAAACAAAUAAAAUAAAAAAUUUCUUUCAAAUUUUUGUACCAAUGUUCUUAAAUAAAUUUCAUUUGGGCAAAUAUUAAUAUCACAUUAUUAAAAUAUGUAAUUUGUAUUAUCCAUGCACCCUGCUGUUAGGGUAAAGAAUAAUUGAGUAAAAACCACCGUCAUAACAUUUUAUGUACCUCUAAGAGAAAUCUUUUGGCGACAUAAAAGUAUAAGCAUUUUAUAUUUUCUAUUUUAAAUAUUAUGCACAUACAAUUUCUCAUUUCCAAGUGAAGACAAAUCGCUGCUUUGUAAAGGUUUAAAAUUUUACACAAAAAAAGUGCAAAAUGCGGCUUUAGCAGGCGUCGUCACCAAGUUAUUGAGUAUUGUCUGUUUGUAUCACGUUUGGUGUUUGAUGCUUUAAGUGUUGUCGUGGAUGCGGUUGCUGAAGUGCAGGCUGCCUGCUCAAGUAAUGCUGCAUUACACACUCUUUUGCAACCAUAUUUAUUAUUUUAAUAAAAGAUUUUAUAAAAAUA